UAUUUAAAUAAUUAAUUUUGGUACAAUUUAUUUUAGAAAUUUUUACAUGAAAAAUCCAUUUUGCACACUUUAUUACAAAAUUACCCACACACGCCUAUUACUACAUUUUUACUUACAAAGUUAUUUUUAUUACACAUUUACCACUUACUCAUCAUACCAUGCAUACACGUGUGCUCUCCCCAUGCAUCAUCAAUCAAAUCAUACUCUCUUCCCUCUCUUUUUUCAUUUUCUUUUCAUUUCAUUUUCGAUUCUUCAUUUCUGUUUUCUAAGUUCAUUUGAAUUCAAGUAACCUCCAUUAACCACCCAUAAUUUAUCACGUUUUUCCCUCUUCUUUUUGGUUCAUCCACGAAUUUUCAACUUCCUCUUAGCCCACGAUUUAGCAACUGUUUUCCCUCUCUGUUUCAGUUUUUUUCAAUCUUAUUUAUAGGAUGGCAAUCACUCGUUCAUCUUCAUCCCCUUCUCCAGUUCUCAAACAGAAAUCAAAAAUGGGCAAGAAAUCGUUGGCCAACAAAUCCAAGGGUAAACGCCCAAUCAUUGAAGAUUUUGAUUCUGAUUUUGAAGCUCCAAUGCCCAAGCGUGUGAGACCCCAUUCUUCGAAGAAAACGAAGCUCAACUUGGAGGAGCACACGGUUCCAGAAAUUUCUGGGAAAAAAUCUAUUACACAUGCUGAAGAUCGGACUCAGGUUGGUUUUUAGUUUUAUUUUCGUUUCCCCCUUUCCUUCAUUUAUACUUUACCCAGAUUUUGGCGUUUUUAUGUUCAUUAUGCUUUGUGUAAUUUUAGGGUUUCAUUUGCGCAUUUCGUUUUAUGUUUUUAAUUUUUUUAGUUAUUUAUUGUUGGUUUUGAACAUUUCAUUUGAUUCUGGUCUGGGUGUUGUUCUUUAAUUUGGUUUUGUUUUCUUUAUUUUCAGUGUUUUUUUGUGCUUACAGGUUAUGCGUGUUGUUUUCGUUUUUAGUGUUUUAAAUCAGUCGUCUGUAGUUUCUUUUCAGUUUUUUAGUAGUUUGUUAAUGGUAUGUUUUGAUGUGUUUUCGAUUUUCAUUAGGUUUAGUUGUUUGCUGUUAUAUUUUAGAUUUCAAAACGAUUUUCAAAUCUUUGCUCUAUAUUUUUCUAUAGUUGUAUAUGUUUUGUAGUUUGUUUGUUGUUUUAAUAUAGUUUUAUUGUUCUUUUUAUACUGCAUUUUUCGAUUUCCUUUAGGGUUAGUUGUUUACUGUUUUUUUUAUGUUUCCAAACGUUUUCAGGUCUUUACUGUUUUUGUCUGUGUAGUUGUUUGUCAUUGACAGUUUGUUUUUAGUUUGUUUGUAGUUGUAUUACAGUUUUCAUACUGUUUUAUUUAGGAUUUAUAAUUUAUUUUGGCCUUUUUCGUUAUGUUGUAGGUUUGGGACUGUAAAUUUAGUCCUUCUGAUUUUUACAGAUCUAAGUGUGUAUGCACCAGUGUUUAUUCCGUGAUAGAUAAUAUUAAGAACACUUUAUCUGUUAAUUUGCUUUCUUUGUUUCGUCAAACUCAGUUUGGGCAUUUUCUAGAUAUGCCUGAGUUUGUUUUUCAUCCGCAAGUUGUACAUAGUUUAUUACUAAGGGAAGUUUUACAGCCCAAUCCUAAAGAGUUUUGGGCUAAGGUUGCUGGCCGUUGCAUACGGUUUAGUGCCGAAGAAUUUUACCUGAUUUCUGGUUUAGAUUGUUUCGGUGAUUGCAACAAGUUAUUGUUUUCACAGGAAACAAAUCAAUUGGUAGAAACAUGUUUCCGUGGUGUAAAAACUAUUGACCACAAAGCCAUCGAGGAUGCUUUUUUGGGUAGUCGGUGGCGUUUAGAUGAGUCUAUUGGUUUGAAAAUGGCUGUUUUGUAUUUCAUUCAGUGUUUUCUUCUUAGCAAUACUCCUGACAAAGAAGUGUCUAGGUUUGUUCUAGAUGUAGUUGAUAGUGGUCGGUGGGAUGAGUAUUGUUGGGGUAGGGAAUCAUUUGAAUUGACAAUUGACUCAUUCAAAGGUAGGAUCGAGCAUGGGAUCAUUAUGAAAAAUAGAAAGGCAGAGAAGGGAGGCCAAUAUGAUGGCUGGUAUAGGGCAUUGGGAUGUCCUUGGGUUUUCACGGUUUGGUUUUAUGAAUGCUGUCCUGCAAUGGUGAACUCUUUCUGUAAGAGAGUUUCAUCUUCUAUUCCCAGGAUUCUGAACUGGAGCAACACCAUCGUCACCAAAAAUCCAACCCUUCGAGACUUGAAGGGCAAGAUUUUUGAUUUACCUUUGGAGAAGUUGAAGAUAAAAAACAUGCGUCCUACUGAUGAAGAGAGGCAGCAGCUUCAACUUGACGGUUUAUUUCUCGAUGAAUCUAUUGAUGAACGUGGUGUAGCGAAGCAAUCCUUCGAGGGUGGGUCAUCUUCAAAGAAGUCUGAUUCAGCAGAUAUUGAUUGGAUGAAAUCUAAGCUGGAGAUGCUCAUUUCGAAUCAAUCAUCAUUGGCCGAGGACUUCAUUUCAUUGAGGUGUUUUGUUGAUUUUAAUUUCAAAUUCGUAAUGACUGUAAUUAAGGAUAUCCAAGAGAAGGUUAAUGCCAUUCAUCGUCGUCCUUCUGAUGAGGUAUUUAUUCUUAUUUUAUUGUUUAGGUUUUUUUAUAUUUUUUUUAAAGUUUCUUUACUGUUUUAUUUAAGUUUCAUUUAUGUUGGUUGAUACAGGGAAAGUCAUCGGAUGAAUUAGUAACUCAAGAUUCUGAUGAUGAUGCUGAUGAUGAUGAUGAUGAUGAUGAUGCCGAGGAUGAUGAGAAGCAAUUGCCUGAUCCAGAAAAUAUUGAUUCCGACUCCGACGAUGGUGGUGAGUUGGUUAAAGUUGGUGGGGAAGCUGAUGAUGCUG